UUUGUAAAAUUAUCUUCAAUUGUAAAUAGUGUCAAAAUUUUAAAAUAGAACAUCAUUACGGAAAGAAGAAAGUAUAACAAAGACAUUUUUUUUGGGUCAUUUAGUACUAUAGAAAUACAAAUUUGAGCCAAAUAAAACACCUUAACUUGGUUGUACUUUGCAAAAUACAUUUGGUUGUAAAAAGCAUGAACCCUGAAAUUUCUGAUAUUAUUUGAAUGGUUGUGGGUUGAUUAUGACACAACCUAGAACACCCCGAAAAAAACGUUGACUUGUUCCAUUAUGGACAUAUCAAAGGAAACAAUCAUCCCCUCGGAUUACAUAUGGCCAGAAAAUGAGCAACCCGGAAUCACGACCGUCCAUGAUCCCGGAUUCCGGGUCCCGGUGAUCGAUCUCGAGAACCAGGACGAGGAAAGGCUAGUCAAGCUGAUUGCAGAAGCGAGCAGUGAGAUUGGUUUGUUUCAAGUCAUAAACCAUGGCAUACCAAGUGAUUUGGUUGAGAAAUUGCAAAGAGUUGGGAAGGAGUUUUUUGAGCUACCACAACAUGAGAAAGAGAAAUAUAGCAAGCUUCCUGGGUCAGUAGAAGGAUAUGGAACUACCCUUCAGAAGGAAGAUGAAGCUAAACAAGGGUUAAAGAAAGGUUGGUCUUCUCAUAUUUUCCAUAAGAUUUGGCCUCCCUCUGCCGUUGACCUCACAUUUUGGCCAAAAACUCCCUCAUCCUACAGGGAAGUUAAUGAAGAGUAUUCCAAAUAUUUGAAAAUAGUAGGAGACAAACUUUUCAAAUAUCUCUCAUUAAGCUUAGGACUUGAAGAACAUGAGCUUAAGAAGGGUGUAGGAGGUGAUGAUAUAGAGUACUUGGCGAAGAUCAAUUAUUAUCCUCCUUGUCCUCGUCCCGAUUUAGCCUUUGGUGUUCCGGCUCACACCGAUAUGAGCGCCAUGACGUUGCUCGUCCCCAACGACGUACCAGGCCUCCAAAUAUCCAAGGAUGAUCGUUGGUAUAACGUUGAUUAUGUUCCUAAUGCCAUAAUUAUCCACAUUGGUGAUCAAAUUGAGAUCAUGAGCAAUGGAAAAUACAAGGCUGUGCUUCAUAGAACAACGGUGAGCAAGGAAAGAACAAGAAUUUCAUGGCCGGUGUUCUUGUCGCCGCCAUCGGAACAUAUUGUUGGACCGUUCUCUAAACUCGCCACUAAUGAAAAUCCGGCCAUAUAUAAGAGUAAGAAGUUCUGUGACUAUGCCUAUUGCAAGCUUAAUAAGAUACCCCAAUAGUAAUAACAGGCAUCACGGCCAGUGAUGGCCUCACAUUGAUGUAAGGGUGGUGGUCAGCUGACCAUCCGAUUGUUUUUAAUAAAAACGUUUGUAUGUAUGUACUAUCUCCAUUUCUAAAUAAUUUUUAUAUUUUUCGUCA